AUGUCAGUGCUUGAUUUCAAGCCGGAAGCCUGGACGAGCUCUGCAAAUGAAGCACUAAAAGUGUCCUUAGUCAGUGAAAAUGCCAUACAAUUUUCACCGUUGUUCACGUAUCCUAUCUUUGGUGACUCAGAGCAAAUUUUCGGCUACAAGGACUUGGUGAUAUACUUGGCUUUUGACGCUAUAACAUUCAAACCCUUCUUGAAUGUGAAGUUCUCUGAAAAGUUGGAUAAGGAAGCGGAUGAUGUGGAAGGAAAGCUUCUGGAGUUUUUACCUGCUGAUGUAAUUCGUAAAGAUGAGGCUAAAUGGGUGGAAUCUUUCGAAGAAGAGCAAAAAUCGUUCCAAUUGCCUCCUGAUGAAUGCAGAGUUUCCAGCUAUCAAAUCGGCGAAGAAACAUACGCCGUAUAUAAAUUAGGUAUUUCAAAUGAUUUUUGCAGGAAGUUGCAUCAUCGUGUUCAAAUAUUCUCACUUCUUUUCAUUGAGGCGGCCUCGUAUAUUGACGAGAACGAUACGAACUGGGAAAUCUUUUGGACUUUUAAUGUUACAACUAGAAAAUGUGUUGGUUAUGUAACCACUUACACGUACUGGAAGUACACCGGCGCGAGAAAUUUCGAUGCAAACCUACAACUAAAAUUUAGGGCCAAAAUAUCCCAGUUUGUUAUUUUUCCUCCAUAUCAAGGUAGAGGGCAUGGCUCGAAUCUCUAUAAUUCAUUAGUGGAUACAUGGAUGAAAGACGACAGUAUUGAGGAAAUUACCGUUGAGGAUCCCAACGAAAGUUUCGAUGAUCUUAGAGAUCGCAAUGAUUUGAAGAGGCUAUUUAAUGCCAAGCUAGUAGUAGAAUUACCAGAAGAUAUAUCGCUGGAAUGGUUGGACAGAAAACGCAUCGAGUUUAAGUUGGAAAAACGUCAGUUCAGUCGCUUAACAGAAAUGUUCCUACUAUAUAAAAAUGCUAAAAACUUUAAGUUACAGGUAAAAAAGAGACUCUAUCUCAAAAAUUAUGAUGCACUUUUCGAUGUACCUGAAUCUGAUAGAAAAGACGCCCUGGAAAAAUCGUACAUGUUAUUGGCAGAUGACUACAAACGUAUCCUUUCGGCAUGUAAACUUGGUAAACAUUCCAAUGAGGACAUUCAGGGGACAGCCGAGUCACUAACUAGAAAAAAAGCGAGAAAGGCAUAG